AUGAUCGAUGGCGUCGAUUUGCACGCGUAUAUCGUGACAGAAGAGGGCCGAACCUAUACAGCAAUCAGUCGCAUACCACAGAAUGUUGGCUUUGAUUUGCAGACCAUUUCCACGAUAGGCUCUGUCAUCGGAUGGCUGUUCGCAUCAACCAAAUCGGGUGCUCCCAAUGGCUUUAUGCUUACGGGAGGAAUAUUCAACAGAACUGCCGAAGUAGACUUCCCACAGACAGGUCAUCGCAUCUAUAUAUCUGAACAGUUCCUCGGACCGGAUGUCUUCAAUUUUCUUAAAGUUAAUGUACAAAUCAGAGGUUCUCUGCCGUCGGUUCCAUUUGAAUCCAAAGUAGAAGUCGAUGACUAUUUAGAAGAGUUUACUCGAGUAUCUCCCGGAGUGAUCCGCUCUCACGCCACCCACUCCUUCCGAUUCGGACAAAACUCUCUGAAUAUUCCCAUAGUUAUCGACCAAACCAUCACUUAUGAGGAAUGCCAAUACGCACCGGUAGAUGAGAAACUGUCGACACUACAGCUAAAUGUGGCCAGAAAUUACAUUGUUUAUGAUAGUAAAGAACAGAUUGUCAGAUAUGCGUCUACCAGUAAAACGGCAUUCCUGUCCGCUGACGACCCGUGUAGGACUGGUAACGCUCAGUGUGGAACUCAUAGUAGUUGUGUAGUGGAUGGCUUAAGUUUUAAAUGUAUUUGUGACCGGGGAUAUCACACUGAUUACGUAACUGAUGCUCAAAAUGAGUUAAGACCAUCCAGACAGGUUAUCCAGACAGAGUUAAGACAUUGUAUAGUUCUGGAAGACAUACGUGUCAUUCAUACGCCGAUUGUAUUAAUACCGACGGCUCUUAUUUAUGUCGAUGUAAAGCUGGAUAUUCUGGCGAUGGAUACCACUGUCAAACGGAAGAGACGUGUGACCAGACGUGCGGCACAAACGCUCAAUGCGUUCAUUUGGAGCAAAGAAGGCCUGAAAAAUUGUUUUCAAUAG